GUAAACGACAAUCCCAAACCUCCCGCUUAAUGGAUAAUAGAAAGGCGACGAAUUUUUCAUCAAAUAACAACAUACUACCUACAUUUUUUCAUCAUUUCAAAAUUGUAAAUUGGAUCGCAUUGAACUGACGCACUCGAUGAAUGGGGUUUAAACCCUUUUUUCGAGCUGCGCUGUGCUCAUAGCCCGCACGCGACAUCCCGCGCAUACGCAAUAAAUCCGCCCAACUUCGCGCCUCGUCAAAUUACCCUAUACCCCAUUACUCAUUACCGUAUCACCAACUAUCAACAUUUCCGAAUUGGGUCAUCAAAUCGACAAUCCGGCAACCCACCGCACCACCCCGUCAAUUUCGAAUCCCCGUAUUUCGUCCAACAUGCCCGAUAUAGAUCCUGCGGCCUUGAGCCGCCCUUCUAUCACUCUUUCCACCCCGACUCUUAAAUCCAUUACCGUUUCCGCUCCUACUACUCAGAAAGUUCCCAAAACUAGCCAAAUCAUCCCAGCCCGAAUCGAUCUCGAACCGCUAUACACUGCUCUAAAAUCGGCUAUUGGGAAUGAACAAUGGAACACCUACAAAGAAUCCACCACACAGUUUAUACUUGGCCGGUUGAACCAGGUGGAAUAUUCCGAACGUAUCGAUCCUAUCUUAUUCUCCGCCAAUGGCGACAAGAGCCAUCUGCACAACCAGCUUCUUGCUGCCAUAUAUGGAAACCUUACGAGAGAGAUGCCGGAUCAAGGCGUUGUUGCACCGUGGGUUUCCGCUAACGACAAACCUACCACCAAUGUUGGCACCAAGCCAGUCACUGGUGAUGCUGCCGAACGCAGAUUGAAGGGCGAGGUCAUGCAGCUUCCGAGUCGUGACAGACGUCGUAUCAAGGAAUUGGCUCAGAAUGAUUUUGAUCCCUUUGAGUCUAUGGCAAAUAUGUUCACGGAGCAUCACCGAGGCAGAGCUACGCGAGUCCCAGACAUACCUCAAAGUGCUAACAACGAUUUGAAUAAGAUGAACUGGGAUCUCGAGAUUCGCAAGCGAUUCACCCAACCCUUAGCCGUAGAGUCGGGCGAAUUCCCGGACAUAACGAGCAUCGAGUCGAGAAUGUUACCCAUAUGCUACGAAACGGGACUAGUCAAUGGACAUGGCUCGGACGCAGCCCAAUUUAUGACCGUUGCUGCUGAGACAUACAUCAAGGAGUUCCUCUCAACGGUGUUUAGCAGAACGAGGAGCAAUGGACCUGGCGAUUCUGGAAGUACCGGGUUUGGUUCCGGAACUGCUUGGAUCCAAACCCACAAAUAUCGCCAACAACUGAAACGAGAGGAGGCAGCAUUCAGUAGAGGAGAGCUGACCCGCGACAAGAGCGGACUACUGCCCGUCGAAGCCAAAGCUGCGAGCGAGCGAGCCCCACUCGGCAUGGCCGAUCUACGACUCGCCCUAGAAAUAGGUGAUUGCGGUAUCGGUACUUUCCCUAUUAUCAAGAAGUCGGUGAUAUACACAUACAGGGACGGCGAAUUGGAGCACUACGACAACUAUACGUGGCUCGAUGGCCGUAAGCCGAUAGAUUACGGAGAUUCCGGUACGGAUACUAUCAACGGUACUGGCAGCGGUGUUCGCGCUCUUACAAAUGGUGGAAUCUAUCCCGAACCAAUGGAUAUCGACGAAGAGCCCGCAACAUGGGAGGGCACAAGUCCUCAGGAUUUAUCGAUGCUUGAUAGCAUUUUGGACUCAUGUCUAGCGGUUCCUUGAGGUAAGAAAAGGAGCUGCCAUUGGGCACGUUGAAAAAUCCUGAACGAGCAGUAUCUGCUGAAACGGCGGAAAACUUCAGAAUCUCCGAAAUCUCCGACCUCAAGUCUGAUCUGGUAAAUACCAGUGCAAUCAUGAAAUGGACCGGUCUGGCAAGUGCCAACUCUAAGUGGAUCGGUAUCAUUAUAAACCUUCCAGGGUUCCCAGAAAGACACAGUUUGAGAGGUGGAUCGUGUGCCACAAGACACGAUGGAAGCGACUGAAUGGUUUCGAGCCUCAAAUGGCUAAGAUGAGACAUUGUCUCUUGGGCGAUGGAUCUAACAUCUACAUACCCUAAAACAUUUUCCUCGGGAGUAUGUGGUUCGCAUUAGCAUUGGCAUUAAGGCGUUAUUUUUCGGUUGCAUUGCUUUGGGCUGUAUGAACACUGAAAACGAGGACGAUGGAGGCUGGUUUUCGGCGUUUGCUCUUUGGCGGAUAUGUACUCUAUUGCACCGAUACCCCCUACACUACCGUAGGAAGCACUCCCCGAUUUCUUGCUACGCCAUUUCACUUUGUGGAUAAGUAGCAAUAGCCUUACUAUGAGCAAUAAUGCUAUGCACAUUUCACA